AUGGCCUCCUUCUUCAUGGCUGCCCUGAAGAGCUUCCAGGGGGCCAAGGAUGAGUCACCCAAGGGGGCCCCCAAGGAUGACAAGGCAGCGGCACUGCCCAACGGCAUGGCUCGCGAGGAGUUUGAGGAGUACCAGCGGCAGCUGCUGGAGGAGAAGAUCGAGCGGGACAAGGUGUUUGCACAGAGGAAGGCAGAACGGGCCACGGUGCGGAUGCACCUGCGGGACAAGUACCACCUGGCCCAGGACGAGAGGGAUGGGGCCCAGGUGCACGUGGCCGGAGGUGUGGUGGAGCUGCCGCAGGACUUGGCAGCAAUGGUGCACAGCGAGGAGGAGGAGGAGGAUGGCAGCACCGGGGCCUUCACCUUCCUGGCAAAGCUGCGAGAGGUGGAGCUGCCGGCGCUGCGGAACCGCGCGUUGGGCGGCGUGGACCAGGUGAAGGAGAAGUGCGCCCUGAUGUAGCACCACUGCCCGCCCCGCGACAGGUGACACCGCAGCCCGUGUCCCCGGGAGCCACAGAAUGCGGAGGCUCUGGGGGCCUCUCCUCGGAGUGCGGGUGCCGAUACACGUUAGGCGUGAGUUUUCUUCCCCAAACCAUUCCCCGUUGCUUUCCCAGGGUGUGCAGGGGUGCAGAAUGCCCGGGUCCCCUCCAGCCGUCAUGGUCAGGUCCCUCUCGUGGUGCUCCUGGUGUGAGCCCCCAUAUGAGGCAGGCCCCAGACACUGUUAACCCCCUCACCAGCCCUGGCACCGUGCACCAUUUGGCUCAAUAAAUACAGCAUU